GCGGGUGUUGAGUUCCUGCAGGAGGGGCUUUGCGGGGGGAGGGGAGGCCCAGGGGCACCGCCAGCCGCAGAACUCGGGCUCUGCCCUCCCCCUUCGUGCUUUCUCCCCCUUUCCAGAUGUGCCGGGACGGGAGGCAGGGCAGGGACUGGGCAUCUGUGACACCUGCAUUUCCCUGGAGCCCCCCUUCUCUCCCCACCCCAUAUAUUUAUCCCGUCUUCCAGAGGUUCCUUUUCAUCGGGCUGUCGCUUCUCCCUUGGGAGAAGGAACUCUACCUGGGAGCAGAAGACGGGUUUCAGACCUUGGCCCUGCCACGCCUCUGUGAAAGUCCCCGAACCUCAGUUUCCACCACAGGAUUUAUUGCCUUCCUUCACCUGGUUUUAAAGAUCAGUAUGAAACAGUGAAAUGGAAAGGAAAUGGACAUUGUUGAGUUCCUGCAGGGCCGAGUGCUAUGCAAAACUGCUUUCUCUGUCACAUUUUAGUCCUCAUUAUUUGGCAUUCUUUCACGGAAUCGUAAGCUCCCAAAGGUUAACCGAUUUUCCUCACAUAGCCAGUGAGUAGCAGAGGAGGAUACAGAUUGAACCGUUUUUGCUCCAGAGUGGAGUUCUUUUCGUCAGACACUUCCUUUGUCUAGGCUAUCGGAUGGAACCAUUCUUCAGCCAAACCCUAGCCCCAGAACAGCUGCUUCCUGAAUUUCUCCCCUUAAGAAUUCUCCUUUUGGGUUCCUCUUUCCAGCACAGUGUGCUCUGCUUCGCUUCUGCCUUGAUUACUUCAGAAAUGAAAUGCAGCAAACAUUUAUUGAGUGGUGCAUGGGGAUGAACACUUGCCCUGGAUUCAUGUUCUGGCUCUGCAGCUAACUGGUUGUGUGGCCUUGGGCAAGUCCCUUGUCUUUUCAGUGCUUUAACUUCCCUUUGAAUAAAAUGGGUAAGUGCCUUCUGACCGGCAGGCUCUUGUCCAGUUCUUCCUUCCUGUCCUCCAGCAGGCUCUCCGUGGAGGCCCAGACCCCUCUCCUCUCCAUGGGCAGCUGCCAGGCAGGGCACAACCUGCAUCUCUGUCUGGCCCACCACCCACCUCUGGUCUGUGCCACUUUGAUCCUGCUGCUUCUUGGGCUUUCAGGCCUGGGCCUUGGCAGCUUCCUCCUCACCCACAGGACUGGCUUGCGCAGCCCUGACAUCCCUCAGGACUGGGUCUCUUUCUUGAGAUCUUUUGGCCAGCUGACCCUGUGCCCCGUGAAUGGGACAGUCACAGGGAAGUGGCGUGGGCCUCAAGUCGUGGGCUUACUGACCACCUUGAACUUCGGACAUGGUCCAGACAGGAACAAGACACAGACAUUCCAAGCCAUGGUCCAGGCUAGUCAGAUGGGAUUGAAAGGAUCUUCUGCAAGAGAGCUGGUCCUCAUUACUGCCAGGGUGACCACAGAAAGGACCCCAGGAACCUGCCUGUAUUUUAGUGCUGCUCCAGGAAUCCUGCCCUCCAGCCAGCCACCCCUCUCCUGCUCAGAGGAGGGAGCAGGAAAUGCCACCUUGAGUACUGAGAUGGCUGAGGAGUGUAUCAGGGUCUGGAGCCACGAAGGCCUUGUGCUCACCAAGUUGCUCACCUCGGAGGAGCUGGCUCUGUGUGGCUCCAGACUGUUUGUUUUGGGCUCCUUCCUGCUUCUCUUCUGUGGCCUUCUCUGCUGUCUCACUGCUCUGUGCUUCCACCCACGCCGGGAGUCCCACUGGUCUAGAACCCGGCUCUGAGGGCACUGGCCUAGUUCCCAUCUUGUUCUCAGGUGUGAAUCAACUUCUCCAGACUUUGUUCUAAGUUGGAAGAAAUGUUUCAAAAAAUGGAGAGCUGGAAUGUUGGGGAAAAUAAAAGGCUUUUUUGCCCAGUG